UCUACAUUCAACUCUUCACUGUAUGUCUUGUGACAGAGCCAGACACGAGUUGACGACAAAGUGCUGCUGCUCAUCAUCACACAGGACUAGUACAUAUCUGCUGAAUUCACAUGGGCAGCACAGUCAUCAUCUCUGGGUCUUGAUGGCAUCUGUCGCUUCCGUGGGAACUCUCUCCAAGAGGACGUAUACGGCAACUAGCUCGCUCUAAACGCGGACAUGGGUGUUCCUCCAGACAUGCAUUUCCACGCAAUUGUGUUCCUGGUUUUAUAAUUUCGACAGCGAUCGCACCGUGGCCACAACUCACACCGUCAUGUGUUGCUUUUCUCUGCCAUUCUGAUAACUUUGCGUGUCAAGACAGAGAGCACUUUUGCGUGGAUUAUUGUGCCGGGAUUGGCAGGAAUGGUUCACGGGAGCGUGCCGCGUCCUCCUGCCUUUAGGAAACAACUUCAAACAGCCCCUGCUUUGACCAAGCUCGCCAGUUUCAUGAUUUAACAAAACAAAAAAGGGAGAUAUGAGCACACACAAGGGCGGAGGGAUGGCAUCGAAGGAAAGGCUGUAUGAGCUAUGGAUGUUAUAUUACACAAAGAAAGAUGUAGGCUAUCUGCAGCAGUGGUUGGAGGCAUUCGUGGCGUCCUUUGAGAGGCUCAUUGAUGUGCAUUCACUGGAGCCUCGGAGGCCGGAGGAGUGCAGCUCCGAGGUGCCCUUGCUCCCCAGGGAGGUCCUGGUGUUCCUCGGCAACCAGCUACGGCAGAGUGCAGAGCACCUCUCCGACGCUGCUGAGCCCAACAGCACCACCACUCACCCCCUGCUCCUCAUCAAAUUCUUCAUUAUUAUCUGCAGGAAUAUGGAGAACAUCGACCCAGAGAAGACCCCUGAUUUUGUUUUUGAAACCAUCAAGCUUUUGAAUUUCUGUUUGGAUCAGCUUAAGAAGGGGCAAGGGGAGCAGUCUUCUCUGCAGAUGGUUGUGCAGUAUGGACUUGUGCUGUUUGAAAGCCUGUUUGACCCUUAUCAGACGUGGAGGAGACGCCUGGCAGGGGAGGUGGUGAGCUUGCAGGAGAGGAACAAGUAUAAGUUUUCCCCGCUGGUCUUGCCAGAUGAGCUGCCUGGUGUCUUCCAUGAAAGUCUCCAGGAAGGCGAGCAGAUCCCAGAGCUCCUCACGCUCAGAUUCAUUCAUCUCCAGGGUGCUGUCAUCAGUGGAGGAAAGAAGAAUGGCCUUCUUUCCAUCACCCCUCACUCUGUUGAUGACCUGUUCUCUGUUCUGCGAGCUUGGUGCUACCGGACUUCCCCUGAACCCAAGAGCACAGGACUCCCACGGCUGACCCUGCAGUGCCUGACCGCAAUGAUCCACCUCCUGCAUUCCAGCAGCCCUGCGGAGCGGCAGGUGGAGAUCAAGACGAUCCUGGAGAGCUACUUCCAGCUUCUCAACUGGAACCGUCCAAUAAUCAGUGAGCAGCUAGAGAGGGAGAGCUGGGAAGAAAGCCUGAUCUCCCUCCAGAGACAAAUGCUAACUGCUGUUCCUGCGAUCCUGCAGUGCUCUGACAGGCCAGUCCUGCAGGCGGUGUUCCUCAACAACAACUGCUUUGAACACAUACUCAGGCUUGUUCAGAACAGCAAGCUCUUUCAGAGCAACAUGCGUAGCCCGGAGUGUGAGGUUGUGUCUGACCUUACAACAUGUUUACUCUCAGAGGUUGAAGUGGACCAGGUUUUGGUGAAAGGAUCAGACAGUAUUACAGUUCAUGCCUUAGGAGUCCUCACAGCUAUAAUGAGUAACUCGCCCUCUGCUAAGGAGGUUUUCAAGGAGAGGAUUGGCUACUCCCAGCUGUUUGAUGUGCUAAAGAGUCAAGGUCAACCCACCAAAAGGCUUCUGCAGGAGCUGAUGAACAUGGCAGUGGAAGGCGAGCAUGCCCACGCCCAUCACCUCGGCAUUAGUAACGAGCAGCCUUUGCUGCUGCUCCUGCAGUGGCUGCCUGACCUGUCGGGUCAGAGGGACCUUCAGCUGCUGGUGGCCCAAUGGCUGGCUACGGUCUGUGGUGGCUCCUUAUCCUGUCGCACCGUGGCUGUGGAGGCGGACAUGGUGGGGGCUCUGCUGCAGGUGCUCUCACAGCCCCAGAAUCUUGACAGGCAGUGUGCAGACACCCUGCUGGGCCUCCUGCAGGACCUGGGCUCCCUGUGUCUGAGACCAGAGGAGCUGAAGAGCCUGCUCAGACUGCUCAGAGUGGAUCAGGACAAUGGCGUAGUGGUGGGGAAGGUGCACCCCUACUGUGGUCGCAUCAUUCAAGUGCUCUCGGCCAUGGCGGCCAGAGAAGGCCAGGAUAGUGCCUUGCAGUACUUUGAUCUUACGCCCCCCAUGGCUGGUAUUAUGGUGCCCACAGUCCAACGCUGGCCAGGCAGCGGUUUUGCCUUUCACGCCUGGGUCUGCCUCAACAUGGAGUUCUCCAACAACCGUAAACACUCUGCCACCUCUAGUACAGGUGCUCAGCAUGACAUGGGAAAGGGACCACGUAGGAAGCAGCUCUACAGUUUCUUCACAGCAAGUGGAACUGGGUUGGAGGCCUUCUUCACCAUUGAGGGAGUGCUGGUGGUGGCUGUUUGCACAAAGAAAGACUACAUGGCUGUUGCGCUGCCAGAGCACCCACUUGCUGACUCAUGCUGGCAUUCGGUGGCUAUAGUGCACAUCCCAGGCCGUCGUCCAUUUGGUCAGAACCUGGUCACCAUCUACAUUGAUGGAGAGCAGCGUAAAACGGCUCAGCUUCGUUUUCCAUCGUUCAGUGAGCCUUUUACCUCCUGCUGCAUUGGAUCUGCAGGCCACCGGACCACUACCACCACCACCUCCCCCAACCUGCCCAUGUCCUCGUCGUCAAACACAUCGCCUGAGUUUGCCUUCCCCGCCUAUGGCCCUUCGUUCAGCCGUUCUCAGUCCUUCCCCGCGACCUUUGCCGGUGGCCGCCGGGGGCCUAUGGGAGACUCCCCAGUGCAAACCAUCCCAGCAGGACUGCAAGACACAGAGUGGGGAACACCCACGUCUCUGGAUGGGCUCCUGGGCACCGCCUUCAUCUGUCACGAGGCUCUGCAGCAGGCACAGACGAGAGCUCUGCAUGCUGCAGGCCCCAAUCACGUGUCCUUAUUCAAAGCAGAGGGAGAGUUGUCUGAUCUCAACAGCAAGCUUCUGCUCUAUUACACUCCACAGGCAUUCAAGGGCCAGAUAUGUCUAGACCUGUCGCCCAAUCACCAGUAUGAUGGCAGGUUUACAGGACACAGGGUAGUGAACUGGGACAUCAAGGAUGUUGUAAACGUGGUGGGAGGUAUAGGGGUUUUGCUGCCCCUGCUUGAGCAGGUAUGUGAGGCUGAGCAGGUUAACAAUGGCAGUCAGGAGAUCUCAGACCUGCAGGGACCAGAGCUCACUUCCCCCAGAGGCCCUGCUGCUAUGCUGCUGCCACUGAACAAGUCUGCAGAAGGAAGACUAGAGAGAAACAGCAUCGCUGCCUUCCUGCUGAUGGUGAAGAACCUGAUUCGUCAGCACCCUGUCAAUCAAGAGAGCCUGCUGCAUUGCCACGGGCCGAGCACAAUAGGAGCCAUGCUCAGCAAAGUUCCUGUCAGUCUGAUGGACAUGAACGUUUUAAUGGCCUGUCAGCUACUGCUGGAGCAGGUUUUCAACGAGGGCAACGGCCCACUUCUCCAGCAACUCCACCACCACCUUCUAUUUGACUUCCGCAUCUGGACUAAAAGCCAUUUUGCUGUUUGCCUGGCCCAUGUGCAGUACCUGGCGUCUGUGAUAAACAAAGGCAAGCAGCGCAUGAAGAGGAAGUACGGAGUCCAGUAUAUUCUGGAUACCAUUCGCACAUUCUACAGUGUGGAGAAAGAUGGCAGCAGUCUGUCUGACGAAAAGCAGAUGAUUCAAAACUCUCUGUUCGGCUUGCUGGGAGACUUUCUCAAGUCUCCCACACCAGAGGACCUUCACAGUGUCCUCGCCUACAUUCUGACUGUCGGAGAGAAGAAGCAGGCCGUGCGUGCCUUGGAUGUGCUCUAUGAACUGUUGAGGAGCAGCCCUCCCCGUGAGCAGGUGCAGGCCGUGCUGCUGGACUGGGGCGUGGAGCAGCUGUACUGCUUGCUGCUCACUCCAAGCUUCGGAGACGAGGCCAGAGAGAGGGUCUUCAGGGUGUUAUACAAGAUCCUCAAAAGCGAGCGUGUUUCUGAGCGCAACAAGCAGCGCAUCAAACUGAAGGAUUUUGGAUAUCUUGGCCUUAUUUGCCACCUUGAUGAAAUUCCGGUUACCAUGACCACCGUGCGAUGUCUGUACGAGCAGGUCCUUGCUACAGAUGCGACCCCUAACUUCCGAGAUCUCCUGGCUGUGGUCUGUCUAUCCCAUCGAGCUGAGCUGACUGUCCGCUUGGACGUCUGCCGCAAGCUCUUUCAUCUGAUCUACUCCAACGAAGAUUAUGUGAAGCAGCUUGCAAAGCAGCACGGCUGGCAGGAUGUUUUGACCAAGCUGUAUGUGAAAGAAUUUUACGAGUCCCACGCUGCCAGCAUCGCAGGCUCCAGCAACCAAAGUUCCUGCGAGCCAAACUACCGGCCACCGCUGUGCAGGGAUACGGCUCUGGUAAUAGAGGACGCACACUCGGACAUCUUCCUGAGCUACCGCACCUCGCAGGACAUUGAGGAUGGGGAGAAAGAUGAAGGUGACCGGCGGGACAUCUCUGAGGGAUUCUCAGGUUCAUCUCAGUCACCUCCAAGUGGAGGCGGAGGUCCGCUGAAAACCUUCACUGGCUCCCUCCAUUUUAAGUCCUUUGAUUCAGUGGACCAAGGGAGUCACUCGUCCUUCACUUCCAACGCAGUUGAUAUCCCCCCAUCUGGCCCACACGAGGAGAGGAGAGACUACCAUCCCCAAUCCCCCUUUGGUAACCCGUUUGAUUUGGAACUAGGGGGCAUGGGAGAGAUUGGUGCACACACCCCUGCAGGUAGUCUGACAAACACACCGUCUCCUCUUGAGCACUGCAAACCCUUUCCACCUACCAGACCCAGGAAGAGCUCCAGUCUGUCCAACGUGCUGGAUGAUACCAGCUAUGGGACAGACCCUCCAACUGGAGACACAAGCUCCAAUACAUCCAACCCACAGCAGACCCCUGAGGAAGAGCUGUGCAACCUGCUAACCAACAUUGUCUUCUCCGUUCUGUGGAGCCGCAGCUGGGCGGAGGCGACGGAGGAUGUGGUGUGGAGAGAGAGAGGACAGGUCUUUUCUGUUCUCACCAAACUGGGCUCCUCCUGCCAACUGGUUCGCCCUCCAGAUUACAUCAAGCGCAGUCUGUUGGAGAUGAUGCUGGAGUCGUCUCUGUCAGACCUGAGGGAGGCCCAGGGAGUGUCUCUGCCUUUCUGUCCCAGUUUGGUUCGGCUCCUCAGGUUGCUGCAGGACUUCCUGUUUGCCGAGGGUACAGACAACCACACACUGUGGAGUGAAAAGAUCUUUGAGGGGGUGGUGAACCUGCUGGACAAGUUGAAGGCCUGGCAUAGUACCCCUGGCAGCCCUGGGAACACCGAACUUAAGGAAAUGGCCCAGAUUGGCCUGCGUAUCAUCACUGGAUAUAUCAAACAGCAGCACUCACAGGUGUGUGUUAUGGCCUACGUGAAGCUCCACAGCCUCCUCCAGACGGUGCUGUGUCUGAGCUGGGAGGAGGUGUGCUUUCUGCUGGGGCAGCUGGGCGCCCCCCUGUGGCCAGGAGGAGUAAUGGACAGCACCGACAGUGGACACGCAGAGACUUUCUCCCAGAUUGUGCCCGUCGUGCGCACGCUCCUCGACCAGCAUGCUGACCCCGUCACUCUCCAAAACCUCCUCCCCAACCUGCCCGCCACUAACGGCAGCACCACCUUCUCCAAGGACCUGAAGGCUUACUCUCACACACUGGAGUGGCAAGGGUUUUACCAGCAGCAGGUUCAGCCCACCAUGGAGCAGUACGAGCUGGACACGUUUGGGAGGAGCCAUGACAUCAUGUCCAAUUUCUGGAAUUCGUGCUUCGAUGACCUGAUGAGUACAGCCUUCAAACGGGACAAAGAAAGAUCCGACAGCAAGUCCAAGUUUCAGGAAGUGAUCAUGGAUCCCGAACUGAAGCGGGUGAGAAGUGAGAACAACAGAUAUUUUAGUUUGCAGAAGCAGAGCUCCAAUCAGCAGGGGAUGGUGUGGCAGCACUGGAGAGCUCUCCGCAGGCUUUUAACUAGUGAGAGAGGAGCAUGGGCCAACAAAGUUCAACCAGAGGUGAAAUUGAAAUUGUCCAAUGCAGAGACUUAUUCAAAGAUGCGUCUCAAACUGGUGCCCGACUACAACCAUGAUCCUCACAGUGAGGCCAGUGCCCUGAGGGACAACAUGGGAGCUGACAGCCCUCGUAACUCUGAACCCCCCCCAUUGGCUGUCGCAAAGGAAGCCAAAGUCAGCGACAUGGAGGAUGAUCAGUUAGGAGAAGAAGACCUUGUCUAUUUGGAUAACAAGGUGGAGGGAGAAGACGAGAGCCAGAAAGAAAAACUGGUUCUGUCUGAAGACUGUGAGCUCAUCACGAUUGUGGCGGUUGUUCCGGGUCGUCUGGAGGUUACCACCCACCAUCUGUACUUCUACGAUGGCAGCAGUGAGAAAGAAGAGACAGAGGAGGGAAUCGGGUUUGAUUUCAAGAGACCUCUGUCUCAGCUCAGAGAAGUGCAUUUGAGGCGCUACAACCUGCGACGAUCUGCCCUGGAGCUGUUCUUCAUAGACCAGUCUCAUUACUUCCUCAACUUCAGGAAGAAGGUACGAAACAAAGUGUACUCCAGGAUCCUGGGACUGCGACCCCCUAACCUGUUUUACUUUGGCUCUCGCUCCCCCCAAGAGCUGCUGAAGGCAUCUGGACUUACACAGAAAUGGGUGUGCAGAGAAAUCUCCAAUUUCGAGUACUUGAUGCAACUGAACACCAUUUCUGGACGGACUUACAACGACCUGUCGCAGUAUCCUGUGUUCCCUUGGAUCUUGUGUGACUAUACCUCUCCCAUUCUGGAUCUGGAGGACCCAUCGGUUUUCAGAGACUUGUCCAAACCCAUCGGUGUGGUCAACUCCCGCCAUGCGCAGAAUGUCAGAGAAAAAUAUGAGAGCUUCGAGGACCCAACAGGCACCAUUGACAAAUUCCACUAUGGCACACACUACUCUAACGCAGCAGGAGUCAUGCACUACAUGAUCCGCAUGGAGCCGUUCACAACUCUGCACAUCCAGCUGCAGAGUGGCAGGUUUGACUGCGCAGACAGACAGUUCCACUCGGUGGCAGCGGCCUGGCAGGCUCGCAUGGAGAGUCCAGCUGACGUCAAAGAGCUCAUCCCGGAGUUCUUCUACUACCCAGAAUUCCUGCAGAACAUAAACGGCUUUGACCUGGGGCGUUUGCAGAUAUCUCAGGACCCGGUGGCGGAUGUUCUGCUGCCUCGCUGGGCGUCAUCAAGAGAAGACUUCAUCAGGCAACACAGGAAGGCCCUGGAGUGUGAGCAUGUGUCCAGUCACCUCCAUGAGUGGAUUGACCUGAUCUUUGGUUACAAGCAGAGGGGCGAGGAGGCAGUGAACGCCCUCAAUGUCUUCUACUACUGCACUUAUGAGGGUGCAGUAGAUUUGGAUGCGAUUGCCAAUGAGACUGAGCGCAAGGCCCUGGAAGGCAUCAUCAGCAACUUUGGACAGACUCCCUGUCAGCUCCUCAAGGAGCCUCAUCCUCCACGUAUGUCAGAUCAGAACGCAUCUAGGCGGCUCUCCCGCCUGGACACUAUGCCUCCGAAUAUCUUUGAGCAUCUCGACAAACUCCGGCCAUUUGUAGAGGUGGUAAGUGAUGGCCUUCCUCUGGUCCAGACAGUGGUACCAAAGACACAGAACCGCUCCUUCAUCAUCCAAGGCUCAGAUAUACUGGUGACUGUGAGUUCAAACGGGUUGAUAGGGACACACAGCUGGCUGGCAUACGACAAAAACAUCGCCAACUACUUCACCUUCACUAAGGACCCCACCAUGACUAAUCCCAAAACACAGCGAUUCUUGAGCGGCCCUUUCUCUCCCGGGGUGGAGAUCAGUGCUCAGGUGCUGGUGGUGUCCAACGACGGCCGCCUGCUGUUCAGUGGAGGACACUGGGACUGCAGUCUCCGUGUCACCCAGCUGGGGAAGGGCAAGCUGGUGGGCAGGAUCUGCCGGCACAUUGACGUUGUUACCUGCUUGGCUCUGGAUCUCUGUGGUAUCUACCUCAUCUCUGGUUCGAGGGACACAUCCUGUAUAGUGUGGCAGGUUCUACAGCAGGGUGGCUUCUCCAGCGGUCUGUCUCCUCGGCCAGUGCAGAUCCUCUGUGGACAUGAUCAGGAGGUCACCUGUGUGGCCAUCAGCACUGAACUGGACAUGGCUGUCUCAGGGUCAAAGGAUGGGACUGUGAUAGUGCACUCUGUUCGACGAGGCCAGUUUCUGCGGACGCUGCGGCCUCCUAGCGACAGCUGCGUUCCUGCCGUAAUCUCUGAGCUCCAGGUGGGCAUGGAGGGCCACAUUGUGGUACAAACCUCGCUGGGGGAACACUCUCACAGAAAGGCCAAGUACUCCAUUCAUGUUUACUCAGUAAACUGCUGUCUGCUGUCCUCCUUCACCACCGAGGAGAAGGUGACCGCCCUCCACCUGGUGUCAGAACACAUCAUCCUGGGGACCGCGGAGGGCAGCCUCCACAUACGAGAGUUAUGCAGUCUGGAUGCUUCGAUAACGCCCCUGGCCUUGAAGGUUCCUGUGAGGAGUGUGUCUGUCACCAAAGAGUGCAGCCACAUCCUAGUGGGCCUAGAGGACGGGAAGUUAAUUGUGGUGGGGGCAGGGAAGCCAGAGGAGGUUCGCUCAGGACAGUUCUCCCGUCGCAUUUGGGGCUCAACACGCAUCUCUCAGGUGUCGUCAGGUGAAACAGAGUAUAAUCCCACUGGGAAUGCUGGUAAAUGAGAUGAGCCAUGGUGGAGGACUCUGUAGGCUGGAGAUAACUGCACCACCAAGAUGCUCGCCAGACUCAACAAGGCCUUUGUUCCCUUUACAAGCUGGGAAACUAUCCUCCUCAGCUGUGGAUUUCUCUUGAGACAAUAACUGUACACUGUGCACUUUUUUAUUCUUAAAUGGUUUUAUAUGUUAUUGUGUAUUUCCUAUACUGUUUUUAAUCAGCAUCAUUCCAAAGAGUGGCCUUGUUUUUGUGGAUGGGAGAAGAGCUCAGUGUUUGAGGUUGUGAACCGCUGUUGAACAGUGAGUCACGUGUCAGGGAUGUGACUCAUGCUGAUGCACAUGCAGCAUCAGAGAGAAGCAGCGCUGUGAACUCUCCAGACUCCAUGUUCUCGACUUGUCAGAGGAACAGCUGGGAUCCCUGUUCUGUUUAUUGUCCCAACCCCAUUGUCAUGGCAAUGGCAUCUUUUUAAAAACUCCUGGAAACUUGAAACUGCUGUAGGUCUUGCUGUAGAUUUCCAUAUUGCAAUACUGGUGUAUACCACAAGGGGGUUGACUUUGUAAAAGAAAGAUACAGGGGGUAACUGGUCACUAAAGUGAACCAAUGCUAUGUUGUGAUCUUAAGCAGUCGAGGUCAAGAUUUGCUGAUAUUUGCAGCAGAAGUGCACCACAAUACCACAGUGGGUAAUCCUGCACUCCUUUAGGCUCUGUGCAAUGUAAAACUGUUACAAGUAAAGCAAUAACGGCUUUAAUGGUCAAGUAUGUGAAACGUAUUCACUUUUUUAUCAUGACUGUGGAGCUCGGAUGCAAUGAGCGGUGCCUUCUGAUUUCUUAAACACAAUGGAGGGAAGACCUUUACAAAUACGUCUGUACGAGUUUCGUCAUUACACUGUUCAUCACACAACUAUUUCCCUGUUUAAUUCAUCGGAAAGUGCCUUUUUUAAACUUGUGUCUUGAGCCGUUCGUCAACACUGAAUUCCAAUCAUCUCGCUCGAUGCGGGAUCACGACGUCACGAUGUCAGAGUGCACACCUGUUGAUUUGAUUUACACACACAUUACUCCUCUAUUUUUCUCAGAUGUGGCUACGAUGUUGUUAAUGAACACAUAAACCGUUGGCUGGGAGCACAUACUUGCCUGUACUGGUAUUGUUCUGUUUUAUGAAGCGCUGAAACAUCUGCAGACAAUGAUGACUAGUCUGUGAAUGACUUUCAGAGGAGUUUCCUUCCUGCCAGCUUCUUUUACAGUGGUUGGAACAAAGUGUUUGUUACACAGGGUCAUGAGACAGAGACUAUGGGACUUAUUUGGGCGAAUGCAAUUCCUGUAACAUCGUACACACAUACACAUGAUCUAGUAUUUGUAAGUGAUGCUCAAAAUAACCUUAAGUGUAUAGCAAGAGGAGAUUUGAAAUGUUGUUUACUUAUCAAUUCAUCUGCUUUCCAUUGUGGAAAGUCAGGACAUUCAGGGUUUCUAAAAUCACUUUUUAUUCCAACGUACAACUGUAAGAUGAAAAUGAUGCUGUCUGUGAAGGAUUAUUUGCAUAUGCAGCUGUUCAAGCACACAUUUGAUAAUUUGCUAUUGUGUAUAAUUAUAUUGAUUGCAUAAUGCCGCUCCAGUUUACUCUAGUUGUUAUUAAUGUAAUAUUUCCCUUAAUUAUGCAGUAACACUGAGUAUUUAGUUUAAUAAAUUAAGCAUUGGGUCUUAAAUACAAUCACAGUCCUCUAUCAAAACAA